AUGAGUCAGGAGUAUUAUCCUGGGGAUGGUGCCCCUGCAGCGCGUGAGGGCUCAUCCAAACGCCCCGGUGAUGAAGAACUCGUUCAGAAUCCUUUUUUCCCUAGACCCUCACCCGACUACAUGGUGGUGGGAAAUGGAUCGACUUCAGAGAGCGCGACGGCGCUGAUGACCUCGUUGAAUGAAGAUUCGGGCUAUGGAGGGAGUAUCGCGGAUGAUGGCUCGGUCGACGCCGAUGCCAGAGCUUUGUGGCGCGCUGGUUUGAUGGAAGACAGGCCGACACCGAUACAUACUCCCACGGCUCCCGGAGAGUGGAAUCCAGCAGCGGAACACGAGAAACACAUCGUCGCAAGCCAUGUUCACCAACUGCUUUACAACUCAAAUAGAACCAAGCUUGGACGUUCAAUUUCGCGUACGAUCGAGACCCUCAAGGAGCUCCAGGAGAUGAACCGCCAGUGGCCUGCCCAUUACCCGUCCAUUCAAAACGUCCCGUCUUCCUCUCGACGACCAUCUCUGCAGCAGACUCAGUCGGUCAUUGACGCCACGGAAUCCCCAGGUGACUCGCCGUCGCGACCUGGACUACUUCGACGUGCUGCGACAUCCUUGGGACAAGAUGGUGUGGCUGAGUCGAGCAGCGCUGCAGAGAGUCGAGGCUCGCCUGAACCGAGGCUGAUGACCCCACAGAUCGCGCAGGAAUUCUCAAUUCUGAAGCUGGAUCUGAAGCUGGGUGCGUUGUCGCAAGCUGAAUUGGUACACUCGCUAGAGAAAGGAUCGAUCGCUUCUCUCCUGGACGGAAAAAUCAGCCAAAGCAUCAAACAUCUUCUCUCGCUGCGGGACAGAAUUGAGGAUACAUCUAGCAAGGUCUUGGUCACGGGAGAUCUAAACGCGGGAAAGUCAACCUUCUGCAAUGCCCUGCUACGACGAAAAGUUCUUCCUGAGGACCAGCAGCCAUGUACGAGCAUUUUCUGCGAGGUUCUGGAUGCGCGGGAAAACGGUGGAGUUGAAGAGGUACACGCUGUACACAAGGAUCAACAAUAUGACCGCAACGACGAAAGCACCUACGAUGUCUAUGCUCUCUCUGAGCUUGAAAAUAUCGUGAUUGAUAAUUACAAGUACAUGCAGUGCAAGGUUUACGUGAAGGAUGUGCGGACCAUUGACGAAUCUCUCCUCAACAACGGUGUGGUGGAUAUUGCGCUAAUCGAUGCUCCUGGGUUGAACUCGGACUCAUUGAAGACGACGGCUGUUUUUGCCCGGCAGGAAGAGAUCGACGUGGUUGUUUUUGUGGUUUCUGCUGCCAACCACUUCACCCUUUCUGCAAAGGAGUUCAUCCUGAAUGCUGCGCAUGAAAAAGCAUAUAUUUUUAUUGUCGUGAAUGGAUUCGACCAGAUUCGAGACAAGCAACGGUGCCAGCGGAUGAUUUUCGAUCAAAUCGGCAAACUCAGUCCUCGCACCCAUAAAGAGGCCGCCGAACUCGUCCACUUUGUAUCAAGCAAUGCUAUACCUGUUAUGCCGGCGGUACCUGUCAAUCAGUCCGUCUCUGGCAGCGGUGGUGGAUCUGAUCCUCAUGGAGAUGGUCCCGAUGAUGGUGGUGAUGACCCAAGUAAGGGUGGGAAAGGCAAAGGGAAGGAGAAGGAGAAAAUCCAGGAUUUUGAGAAUUUGGAAGGUGCAUUGCGACGAUUUGUCCUCGAAAAACGUGCACGCUCAAAACUUGCUCCUGCUCGGACCUACCUUUUGAACCUCCUAGCAGAUCUGCACUCUUUGGCAACUGUCAAUAGAGAUGUUGCCCAGACAGAACUCAAGCGUGUGACGGAAGAACUGGCGGAGCUGGAGCCCGCCUACGAAGAUGGAAAAAAGAGGAAGACGGAGCUGGGAGACGAAAUUGAAAAAUGCAUCGAUGAUUCCUGCGACGACGUUUACAACCACACACGUUCGACCCUUACAGAUAGUAUUACUCAGGUUUCAGGAGCGGACUUGGGUGUUGUGUAUCCGGGUCUGUUUGCUGCUUUCCAAUAUGCAGAGGACCUGAAGCAAGCUAUGCUAGAGAAGAUCUCCGAGUCUGUGUUCAACUGCGAAGAUUAUGCCCGCGACAAAACUGUGCAGGGUGUCGGUUUCAUCCAGAAUAUCGGUCUGCUCCACGUUGGGGAAGACAAGUUCACUCCUCUCAAUUUCCGUGCCGAUAUGAUGUUCCGCCGGAGCCGCCGUCACACGUUGGCACGCCAAGUAGACACGGAAGUUGAGAUCUGGGACUUCUUCGACCUCUCGGGCCUUUGGGAGAGUCAGGAGAAGGUGGCCGGGACCGGUAUGGCGAUGACAGCCGUGACUGUCCUGGGAGGAAGAGCCUUCGGUGGCAUGAGCUGGGUCGACAGCGCGUUCAACGUUGCUAAGAUCCUAGGGUCAAAUAACCUGCGCCGCCUGCUACUCCCUGGCAUUGUUGCUGCAGCUGCCUUGACUACGGCAUACAUUCUCUCUUCGAUUCCGUCGACACUCCCUCCUCGUCUUUCUCGAAAACUUGCGGCCACUCUUGAAGAGAUGGACUAUGUGCAUUCCAACGCCACCCGCAUCUCGUCCGAAGUGCGCCGGAUUCUUCGUACGCCAGCCGCCAACCUACAAACCAGUCUUGCCCAAGGCAUUGAGGAUCUCGCAAGGAGAAAGCAAGAGGUCAGCAAGAUCAAGGGUGAGAGCGAAGUUGCCAGCAAAUACUUCAGCAAUCUGUUCCGCGACAGCGCGGACACCCGAACCACCGUUCAAAACAUCGAUCUAGAGGGAACCGUGCCGGGUCCCGUGGGCGCCUAUGGAUCCUGA